AAACGGAUUCGGAUGUUGUUGCAACGGUGUUAUCUAGAUUAGCAACGGUAGCACGACGUGGUAACAGGCACGUCAAGAUGCAAGCGAAUUGGGAAUCUAUGGUAUCCCAUUUUGACCAUGAACGCUUCUUUGUCGCCGACCGUCAGUGCCCUCAGACCAACUUCGGUAGUUGACCGAGAGUAUGGGACAACUCCACCGGCAGUCGAAACGGAGGCACCGGUGGCCAUCUAUAGCGACUAUGAGCCUCGUACGAAUGAUCCCGGGCCAUUUCUGUGGGCGUUUGUCCUGGGCGUGUGCUUGGUGACUUACCUGGUCCUCUUGCCGCUAGUCGUGGGAAUCAAGAAACGGUGCUGCUCAGGCGAUCACAAUGACACGAACAGCAUUGUGAGCUCUGGAGGUAGUCGAAAGAGACGGCGGUUCAAAAAGGGAUUCACUGGGCUCUUGGUGAAUGGCGGGGAUGAAGACGCUGAAGCGGGCGAUGCUUUAAAGGGCUUUUGGGAUCAGUUUCAAGACGAAGAGUAUUCCGCGACUCCCAGUAAACCCUCCAUGAAAUACCCCGAAAUUGAGGUUCAGUGGCAUGGCUCUCGCCAGCACAAUCAGCAACAGCAACAGUCGCUGAAGGGCAAUGCAUCUUCGUCCUCGAUUCUAGGGUCUUUGGCGGUGCUCCUAACGUCCGUAUUGGAGCUUCACACUCCGCAGCUGCGUUCCUUCUUCUAUCGUCAGAGGCAACUACGUCGGAAACGGGCGCUUCAUUGGUUCCUGAGAGAAGAAAGUACGAGCUACAACAGCCAUGAUACUACCGUGGAUUCCAACAAUGAUGGGAUCGACGCUUCAGACUAUCCGCUCUUAAGGGGAAACAACGGCGCUGCGUGGGCAAAGAGUAUCUUGGGAUGUUGCGCAGACAAAAAGCUCAUCAAAAGAAUGACAAGACUUAUGAAACAGUUUGUCACUCCAACGCUUUGUCAGGGUAUUCUUCAGAUUGCUACCCUCGUGAUCCUUGGACUGACUCUCCGUAGCACUAGCGACCUUGCAGCCUACGUUAUUGUUCAAGUCUUGAUCGUGAAAUGGACACUAAAUGGAGUCUCUAGUGCAUGGUUUGGAGCCUUGCAAAAGCUGACAAGGUCCAACUUUACAGGAACACAAACAGGACAAUACACGCAAAUCACAAUGUUCCUUCUAGUAACAUUCUCAAUGCCGCUCUGGGUCAUAUGGACACUGUCCAUUACGCCGGUCCUCCAAUGGUUGCAGAUGGAUGAACAAACCAUCAGCGCGGCUGUGGACUACACAUACAUUGCCCUCGUGCUCAAUCUACUCAAGGGCUUGUCUGAAUGCGUACAUUUUUUGCUGGUACGAGCCAAGCACGGGACAUACAGUACGACUAUGAUCUUGUUGGAAGAAGCCUUUGUUCUGGUUGCCAUUGCGCUUUGGACCUGGCUGGACAAGGCUGAUCUCGUAACAUUUGGAUUGGUACAGUUGGAAUUGGCCGUUACGUUCUUGGUGUGGAAUGUCGGAGUUGCCUUGUACUCGGGAUGGCUACAAGCCUACCAGGGAGGCUUGUUGGGUGCCUGUUCCGCGACCGAUCGAAAGGUUCUUUCCGCCGUGAUGGAAACAGCCAUUCCAAUGAUUCUAGGAAACGUCUUUCUGGGGAGUACGUGGGAAAUCUUGAUGUUUUUGGCUGCAUUCUUGGGGCCUGCUGAAUUCACGGCUUGGUGUAUUUUGGGAGUGCUAUGGGAAGCGUUGACAUCAUGGUUGGAAGGGAUGGCAUGUGUUGUUAGUUUGCGCUGCGAAGCACUGAUGUUGUUGGGAAGGCACGAGCACGCAUUACAAUCAUCCAUCAAGGCCACAGUGGGAUUGAUCGCAUUGCCGGCGGUCCUUCUGGCACUGGCACUCUUUGCCAUCCCAGAGGGCGUCCUGGCGACAUGGAUCACGCGAGAUGAAACACUCCAAAGUCUCUUGACCGAUUUGCUGCCUCUCUUGGAGAUUGGUCUAGUUGUGACAGCGAUAGGAUACGUCACUUGGGCACUGAUGAACGUUCAGGGACGCAAUCACGUGGCGGCCUUUGUCGCGUGGCUUGCAACUUGGUUUGUCGCCAUUCCGUUGGCAACAACCUUUAGCGUACACCUGUUGCUGGACUUGCAGGGGCAAACUGUGUCUUUCAUUCUGGGAAGCUUGUUGAUGGGCGCCAUUCAAUGCUGCCUUUUCGUCACUUUUCAAUGGGAUGAAUCUGCAAAAGAUAUUGCCACUACAACAACCCUGGGACAUUCUAUACAAUCAUCGAAUCCUUCCUCGCAGAAAUCCCCUCCGCUUCUUCCUAGGCCUCCUAGACCUUCACCUCCUCGACAUCCACGACAUCUGACAUCCAAAGUUAGGGACAACGAACAAAGCACAGCGGGAUCGAGUCAAAGUGCAGCGGAGAUUGAACAAAGACGCUUUCAAAGGGAUAGGGCCUGGUCGACCACGUCAAGGUCCAAGCAUUCCUCAGAUGCGCCAGACCCCGGUUUCGACCAGCCAUCAACGUCAUCUUCUUCUGAUUCCGAAAUCUUUGACGAUCUGGAAGACUACGAUCUUGGGGCGCCGUUUGAUGAAAUUGAUGCGCAGUCCAACGAAGCUUCUUCCUGGCACAUUAGUGAUGACAGCACUCUUUCCACUGGAGGAUCCUCCCUUCUAACCAUGUCAACCUUUAGUGGUGGCCCCUCAACUCUCUCUUCCAAUAGCGGCACCAUGUCCUCCUCUCAACAGAACACAGUCCCGACAAUUUCAAGAAUCUACUCUAUGGAUUCGGGCUCCAGUCCCAACAGUACCAAGGCAAAAGCACGAAACAUGAGCUCGUUGCUCAGUAUUACCAGGUCUGCUGGCCCCAUGAGUCCGGUCCAAGAAGAAGCCAGCACUGCGAGCAGUGCCAGUAUGACCUUUAGUGAUUGGAUGGCAGCAUCGGUUAGUAGUGCCGGCUCCAUCACCAGUAAUGGUUCCAAACGUCAAAUCGGGAGCCGUCGGCGGUCCGACCUUGGCUAUCUCAGCGAAGAUGCCCUUGCCAAGAAGCAGGAAGAGCUGUCGAAAAUGCUAAACGCGUUGAAAGCAACCCGCCGGUACGAGUUGAAUCGUUCCAAGCUACGUAUCCUGGAGGAACUGAGAUGGAUGUUACUCGAGUCGCCGGACAUUUUCGAAAUCAAGCAUCUGGAGCGCAUCAUUGGUUUGCUGCAGGUGGACGAAGAUUGUCGCAAGGAACUCUGGUCUCCCCUCUGUCAGUACUUGCCAGGUCCUCUCCGACGAAUGGGGCUGGACCGGCUCUUGCAGAACGACUAUUUGGGUCCACAUCAUCUCAAAGCACGGAUGGACAAGUUUGUGCUCGACAGCCGGCUGGGUGAUGCCAGCGCCAAUGGCAGCGCCCAAGACGACGUCGAUUCCUACGUGGACGAUGAGAAAGUUCACCGAGCAUGUGAACUACCGACCGUGCAAUUUGGGUUUCCGUCGUGCUUUGCCAUGCAAAAGUAGUGACGAGGGGUGGAUUUAAUCAUUCAUUCUCCGGUGGCGCUACUGUAGUAUACGAGGGUACCUUUUGUUCUGUAAAGCAAUGUUACAUUAUUAUUAUUGGAUGUUAUAAUUAGUGAAUUGGACGAGGAGAGU